GGGUCGCGAGCGCACAGAGGUCCAGGCAGUUCAGAUGUGCUCGAGUUGAGGUUGUGUAAGGUGACCGAAAUAAAACGUAACCUUUUCCAAAAGUGUUUAUUACAACUAUCGCAGUGUUUAAUUCACAAAGACAUGAACCCGGACAUUGUUAAAGAGCGGCAGAAUGCUUCUUUUGACGUCCAGAAACUCACUUAUAUUUUGGAUGGUGGGCCCGAAAAGACCAAAAGAAGACGUGAAAUCGAGUCACUGGUCUUAAAUGAUCCAGACUUUGAUGAAGAGGACCCAAACUUUCUGUCUCGCAGUGAGCGUUAUGAACAGGCUGUAAGAAAGAGUGCUCAAAUGAUCUUGAAGCUUAGAGAAUAUGGCAUUUCAGAUCCAGCGGAGAUAAACUGCUACAAGAGGACAGUGCAUCUCGGGAGGUCAGAGCCGUUGGAUCUUCAUUUGGGGAUGUUCCUGCCCACAUUGCUCAACCAGGCUACACCAGAGCAAAUGGAUCGAUUCUUCAUGCCUGCUUGGAAUCUAGAGAUCAUCGGCACCUAUGCUCAGACUGAGAUGGGCCACGGUACUCACCUGAGGGGCCUUGAAACCACUGCCACUUUUGACCCAACAACACAAGAGUUUGUCUUAAACAGUCCCACUGUGACCUCCAUCAAAUGGUGGCCCGGAGCGCUUGGAAAGACAUCAAACCACGCUGUUGUUUUAGCACAGCUUUAUACUCGGGGAAAGUGCCACGGUCUGCAUGCCUUCAUAGUACAGCUCCGACACAUGGACACGCAUGAACCUCUUCCAGGUAUUUUGGUUGGUGAUAUUGGCCCCAAGUUUGGCUUUAGUGAAGUUGACAAUGGAUUCUUAAAACUGGAUCAUGUUCGGAUUCCACGAGAAAACAUGCUGAUGAAACAUGCAAAGGUGGAGCCAGAUGGUCGCUAUGUGAAGCCCGCCAGUGCCAAGCUCACCUAUGGCACAAUGGUGUUCAUUCGCUCCUUGCUUGUUGGUCUGUCUGCUUUGGUUAUGGCAAAGUCCUGUACAAUUGCUAUUCGCUACAGCGCCGUCCGUCAUCAGUCUGAAAUUCGUUCCGGAGAGCCUGAACCCCAGAUCCUCGACUACCAAACACAACAGUACAAGCUGUUUCCUUUGCUGGCUACAGCCUAUGCAUUCUCCUUUGUGGGUCAGUACAUGACAGAAACGUAUUACCGCAUCAGUGGAGACAUCAACCAGGGAGACCUUAGUGAAUUACCAGAGCUCCAUGCUGUCUCUGCUGGACUUAAGGCCUUCACCACUUGGACGACUAACACUGGCAUUGAAGUGUGCCGCAUGUCCUGUGGUGGGCAUGGGUACUCCCGCAGCAGCGCCUUGCCUGACUUGUAUGCUGAAUUCACUCCCACAUGCACAUAUGAAGGGGAGAACACUGUUAUGAUGUUGCAAACUGCGAGAUACCUGGUCAAAAGCUACAGGCAGGCCAAAGCUGGUGAGCAGUUGAGAGGCAUAAUGUCAUACCUGAAUGACAUGGAGCAGCGUCAUGUCCGAGCCCAUCCGGCCUCUGCCAGGCCAGCUUUAGUGGAUAUCAAUGACCUGAGUGACCUUGUGGAAAGCUAUAAACUACGAGCUGCAACACUUGUUGAGUCGGCUGCCAAAAGCAUCCAGCAGGAGUUACAGAAGAGGAGAAGUCAUGAAGACGCUUGGAACAACAGUGCUAUCGACUUAGUCAAAGCCUCAGAUGCCCAUUGUCACUAUAUGGUAGUGAAGCUCUUCACAGACAAGCUGAGUGAAAUCGGGGACCCAGACAUAAACUUGGUGCUGACGACUCUGGCUCAGCUGUAUGCUCUGCAUGGCAUCGCGCUAAACUCUGGAGACUUCUUGCAGGCUGGACUGCUGACUGUGCCUCAGAUGCAGCAGAUCCCUGUGCGUAUUAAAGAGCUACUGUGUCUGAUCAGACCCAACGCUGUUGCACUAGUGGAUGCCUUUGAUUUCCCAGACAAAGUGCUUUCUUCUGUCCUGGGGCGAUAUGACGGGAAUGUUUAUGAGAACCUGUUUGAGUGGGCUCGGAGGUCACCGCUCAACGCCACAGAGGUCCAUGAGUCCUUUCACAAGUACCUCAAGCCUCUGCGGGAGUUGAAGCCUCAAUCCAAGCUCUGAAGAUGGGCUGAGUGCCAGCUGCUCUGAAGAGUUUAACCCCACAACAUUCAUGUAACACCAGUCUAGGUUAGCAUUGAUAGAUGCUAGAUAUAAAAUAAUGUAAUAAAAUACCGCAGUAGCAUGUUGCACUGUGGGCAUUAAAAGGUUAAAGAAAUAUUUCAUAAUGAAACAUUUUAUAAACAUUUCUACCUAGUUUCAAACUCGCCUCUUAUGACUGUACGAGACUCUCAACUGUAAACUGAAAAUGAUCAGAUGAUGCACAAUAUUACAUUUGAUUUGUAAAAAAUAAUAUAAUGUAUAGUUAGUGACUAUUUUGAGAAAUAAAAUCAUUCCUGUCAUUGUGAAUCUUUUCAUAUUAGUGCUGAAAUGACUUUACUGUUUCAUUGUUUUUCAAUAACGUUUAGAAUAAUUUUAUAAUUAAAGUACUAGGGUCAUGAAAAUCGGCUGCAUACCUGACUUUGGAAAGGUUUUUGUGUCCAGAGUUCUGUGUGUAGGUGUUCACAGCCAUGUGCCUGUUCUUUUGUAUGCCAAAGGAAACUCUUCAAUAGUUAUAGACCAAUAGUUGUAUGUGUAGCCUCAAUUUUCUCCUAAUAAAACUGAGUCAUGUGAUCACA